ACUGCUCAACGAAAUGACAAAAACUGCGGAACACAGGAUGUUCACCGUGUUCUGGUUGUUACUGGACGAUCCUAAAUGUUUAGACAUAACUCGUCUGAAGGAGGAGAUGUCUGCCAGACUGAAGGCAAUAGCUGAAACAAAGACCACCACGGUUGAUGAGUUCCAGACAUGGUUGGAUAUUGAAAGGCGCAGGCGCACUGCGGUCUUAAAUCGGUUCGCAGCCCAUGUCACAGAGAGAACUCAGAGGGAAUCACAACAACGGAAUGUCGCGUCUUGUGCCAGCCCUGGCAAGUGUGUGCUGAAGGAGGGGUGGGCAUCCUACGAUAGCCAAGCGUAUACCACAGGUUCGCUAUCUGCUUCGGGACGCAGUGUCGUUGACCUCUUAGCCUUCGCAGAGGACUGUAUUCGGCACUGUAUGAAAACCGUGGAAGAAUACGGUCUUUGUGACGAGGGUGUGACGUCUGUUAAGGAUGACCUUCCUAGCAAUAUGACGUCUCUGUUGAGAAGUUGCGCGGACGUCAUGGAUGCCCUGCAACACACUCGAGGUAGGUUGUUGGGUGGGGAGCUGACGGUGACAUGUGUGAAUGAAGUUGUCAUGGGAAGUGCAGAAAGUGAAAGGUCGAAGGCGAGUGAAGAACUCGACACAACAAUGCAAACAUCCAGAGGGAUCGGGACCAGUGUCGUGGAACUUGCGCCUGCGCCGCAUCCCUGCUCGUCUUUGAAGGCAGUGGGAAAGAAGGACAAGGAGAGGAAGAAAUCCAAAGCCGAAAAGAAAAAAGAUUCGAGAGAGCAUCACAGAAGCGGAUCUGAGAAUGCGAAAACGGAACGCACCAGCAGGCGAAAGCACGGAUCAAAAGUUUCCGUCCCAUCAAGUCAGCGCGUUCUUUCAAAGUUGAAAGAAUGCAAUGAGUCCCCCCCUUCGACUCCCGCCCCACGGAGCCGUGCCAGCGGUGCCGAGAACCGUCUGCCCAGGGCCCCCGAGAAGAGGUCGUGGGAAGAUGAAAUCACAAAGGUGCACCGCAGGACAAAGAAGAGAAUCUCCUACAAAAAGGACACAAUGGUGGACAUGAUCGAUCUGAGAGGGUCGGACGAUAUGCACAGCGGAGCCCGAGAGGAAGCAGAGGAGGAACACGACGACCCCUCAUCGGAAAAGUCCGACAGGGAGGAUGACAACGCAUCAAGGGACAAGGUCGACGACAGUGAGACCUCCCACGGACAUCCUCGCGACACUGACGAGGCUGACGACGACGGCGGCGGGAGUGACGACGGCACCGCGCACGAAGAGAGUGACGAUGGAGGAGAGGCCGAGAACAAGGCCACGCAAACUCGCCUGGAGGCAAAGGAGGCUGAGUGGGAGGCAAAGCUCAAGGAAAUGGCGACCGUAGUAGAAAGACUUGCCGCUACCAAGGUAAUCGACUGGACUGAGCAGAGCAGGUGCGGCAUCCAAGGCAAGGGGGUGCAAGGGCUGUUUGGUCAAGAGGAGGCAGCAGAGGCAUCUCGGCAAGAAAAAUUGGGAAAGGUAUUUCUGGAUCCGGAUGAGGCAGAGACAAGAAAGAAAGCCAACAAGGGAUGCUUUGAGUUCAAGGCUCCCACUGAGCUGGCUUCGCAGCAGGAGGCCCCUACUUCGCCAAGUCCCCCCAUGGAGGCGCUGACCCAAGAACCCCAACCUGCACCAGAAGAAGAGGGGGCGGUUGAGGAGUCACUGGCGAUCCUGCUAGACGCACAGGAGGGGACUCUCACUGGAGCGAUGAAGCCUCCACAGUUUGAGGCGCAGGGGAAGGGGCCGUCACAUCUGGAUGAGUUGGUAGCUGCUAUGAAGGUGGAUAUGCCAACGAAGGAGCCUCAGGAGCAGAGAACCCCGGAGCACGAACCAGAGAUGGGGGAAUUGAGGGCACAGCUGGGCUCAUGGGCCAUUUGGACCGAUUCGGGGGGGCCGACUACUGAUCAGCGGCAGCAGGAGGCCACGAGCCAGCCUACUAGGGCCGCUACCCCCCAGACUCCGAGGCCUCGCGAGGGUGAGGAAGCAGCUUUGGCAGGGAAAACCCGCGAGGGCAGGCCGCUGAGGCUGGAUACCCCUGAGUUCCGACCCGAAGAAGAGAUGCAGCCAGGGGAGUCAAGUGCCGAGGGAAUCGAAGGAGGAGAUGAGGGGCCAUGGCACCUGCCUCAGAGUCAUGAAGUGGGCAAGGAGACAAGAGGAACACCUCUGUUGUCAGGGACCCAGAAAAAGAAGAAGAGAUUUCAAAGGAAAUCGGGGGCUACGUGUUUCGAUUUUCUGGACGGAGUGCAUAGGGCCCUGGACUGUCCUAAGUUCCUCAAGAACAAGGUUGAGUGGCGGGUUAAUGAGGAAGAUGGCAAGAUGUAUGAUAAACAGGGCCGAGUGGUAGAGAGGGCUCCCGAUGGGGCAAAGCCCAGCUACAUAGGCAAAACCAGGAGGAGAUGAGUGAGUAGGGACUAGUUCGCCUAUACGCCAG